AUGCAAGAAAAAGCAAUCAGCAGUAGCAAUGGGGUCGAACAAUGGACUGCGAUACAAAAAGCACUCAACAAAAUAAUUGUCACGUACGGUCUCAAUGGAGAUGAUGCUUAUCACCCAUGCCUCAAGCCAAUCGAUCUUUCCUGGCAGCUGCCUACCACGUGCUCAACAAGUGACUUGUCAAAGCGUGAUACAUGCAAUUAUGAUAGAAUAUUUGAAGUCUACCAGGAGGUUCCUGAGAAUGAGACCGAACCAGGCUACCAAGACACCUAUUGGGCCGGUUUUGAUCUCUCGCUGAAACAGGGUGAUAACGCCGAUUACCUCUGUGAUUCGGGGUACCAGGUAGUAGGGCCGGUGCCAUGGCACAAAAUCGAUACUCCCAUUCCAGGAUCUUUGGGGCCGCUCGACCUAAAUCAAGGAAAAUACACUGGCUGCAAAUACAAUCGAGGCGAUGUUACUGGAAAUGGCACAUUGACAUGCAAUGGUAUCAGUGGGACUGCAAGUUGA